GCCAUUUUGUUUGGACCCAAGCGCGUUUUGCGGCGUCGUAAUUUUAACUUGUAAAAAUUCAAGAACUCCUUCCAAAAAUGUCUCACGGUAGAAGCGAUUGCAGAAUUUACGUUGGGAAUUUACCUCCAGACAUCCGUACGAAAGAUAUUCAAGAUCUUUUCUACAAAUUCGGUAAGGUUACGUUCGUCGACUUGAAGAACAGAAGGGGUCCGCCAUUCGCUUUCGUUGAAUUCGAAGAUCAUAGGGAUGCAGAUGAUGCUGUUCAUGCUCGAGAUGGUUACGAUUACGAUGGUUAUCGUCUUAGGGUUGAAUUUCCAAGAGGGGGUGGUCCUGGUGGAUUUAGAGGUGGCCGAGGAGGUGGUGGAGAUCGUGGAAGAAGUUCUAGGGGCCCACCUGCUCGUCGGUCUCAAUUCAGAGUUUUAGUUACUGGACUACCUCCUUCGGGUUCAUGGCAAGAUUUAAAAGAUCAUAUGCGCGAAGCUGGGGAUGUGUGUUUUGCGGAUGCUUUCAAAGAUGGUUCUGGAGUUGUUGAAUUUUUGCGUUACGAAGACAUGAAGUAUGCGAUUAAGAAAUUGGAUGAUUCUCGGUUUCGAUCACAUGAGGGUGAAGUUUCAUAUAUUCGUGUAAAAGAAGACAGAGGGGGUUCCGAUCGACGUUCUGGAGGUCGUUCUCGUAGCAGAUCUUACUCGCCGAGACGUCGCGGAUCCCCAACGUACAGCCCCGUUAAGCGGAGUUAUUCAAGAAGCCGUUCCCGUUCGUAAAAAAAUUAAAUUCUGCCCAUGAAUUAGAAGACGGAGAGAGUUAAGAAGGGAGAUCGGAUGUCGUCGCCUAAACUCUCUCACUCUAUCUCUCUCUCUCUCCGGUGUGUGUUGUUAGCGGGGGCAAGUUAUCAAACGAAAUUUUAUGUAAAUGAACUAAUAAUUAAUUCCGGUAGAAAUACACUUUACACAGGAUGAAACAACAAAACACACACACACUCGUUAUUAUUUUUCCGAUUUGAUUUUUGAUGUCUCGCGUUUAAUAAUUUUUUACGAUUGUUCUGUUUUUUUUUUUUUGGUUAAUUUUUCUUAAUUUUCUCUUCCAUUUUUUCCAUUUUUUAUGUUUAUAAUGUGGACCGAUAACCUAUAACUAACGCAGGAUCUAAAAUUAUUUAAAAAAUGUUGAAUAAAAUUGGAAUUAUUUUAGAUCUCGCGAGUAAUGAUGUUUAAUUAUAAAUAUAAUAAAAUGAUUAGUUUGUAAGUUAUAGGGUACUAACGAUGAUUUGAUGACUAAUUUGUAAUUGUUUUCUUUCUGUUGCCGAUCCGGCCGGAUUUUUGGUCGAAACGAGCGUUUAAAAUAAAGGAUACACAUAAAAAAAUUAAUAAAAACCCGACUGUAAGCGUUUCUUUACUCUUGAACUGAAAUAAACUGAGCUAAACUGAAAUAAACUGACCGAAAGAAAGAAAGAUUUAUCUUAUCGUAUUGAUAAAGAGGAAUUUAAAAAAUUAUAAAAAUAAAAAGCGGAUGAUGAGGAUGAUGAUGUGUGGAAAAAGGAGGAAAGGAUAGGAAAAAGAAAGGAUAGGAGUGUUCUUGAAUUUAUCUUGAUUUGUAAAGCUAAAAGUAAUCUGUUUAAAACGGGAGACGCGAAGUAGGGCAGAAUAGGAGGGAGAGGAUCUUAAAACGGAAGAGGAGAUGUAAAGGGAGAGCACAAUGAAACGAAAAAGGGACUUUUUGCGGUAUAAGGAUGAUAAUAAAUAAAAAGGAUUAAGGAUUAAAUAUUAAAAGGAUAAGGAUUAAGGAUAGUGAUCAGGAUGAGAUGAGGAUUAGGGAUUUCUUCUCAUAGGAAAAACGCGGGACGGGACUCUUCUUCUAGAAUUCGUGACGAGCGCUUACAAAUCUUCUCUUCUUUAAAAAUACAAAACAAAAACAAUAAAAAAUAAAAUCGUUUUGGACAGGAGACAGAGAGAGAGACACGCUUUUUGGACGAUUCCUUUUUGGAUUCUUGUUGCGCUCCGUUGACGACCGAACUCCCUUCUCUCCUCCCUACUCGCUCCAUUUGCCGGAUCAGCCGGAUUAAGUCGGAUCCCGAAAGGUAUUUUAAAACAAAUAAAAAUUAAUUAAUUAAAAAAAAAGAAUAUAUAAGAAACUCACUUUUGAAUGAUUUUCAAUAUUUUUCUUAUAGUUUGAUUUUUUUUAAUUUGCUUGCCGAUUUUUUUAUUAACCGACCGUAUUUUUCUUUAAAACUUAAGCCUAUAUAGUUUGUGUGCAUGGAUGUUGCUUUCUAAAAUUUUAAAGGUUACAUUUAACGGAAAUAAAGAAGAUGGAAAAAACAUUUUUAAUAUUAGUUUUGUAGAUCAAUACAAUAAAGACUAUUGCGGUACAUUUA